AUGUUCAGAAAAGAGCUAUUGAGUUCCAGUCUUCCAACUUUCAAUGACAGUGCAACUUCUUACAGGGCCUGGAAGGCAUUAAUGAUGAGCACUAUAAGUGAGUUAAAUGUACCCCCCUCACAAGAGGUAAAUCUGAUUAUGCGAUGGUUGGGAAACAGUUCACGAGAACUGGUUACACCACUUCAAAGUAUUUAUGUAGACAAACCAAUCGAAGCUCUGAAACAUAUAUGGAAUCUCCUAGACCAAACAUAUGGUGCAGUAGAGGUGACAAAUAUUAAUGAAGAAUUUGGACUAUUGAUUGGCACUAACAUUCCAGAACUGCAUCAACCCCUUGAUGUCAAUACAUCAACUAAUGGUGGUCCCUAUGCUACACGAACAUUGUGUGGUUGGGUCGUCAAUGGUCCAUUAUAUAUAGGCCAACAAGAGAACAUGUGUAAUUUCAUUAACUCCAAUAGGCAAUGUCUAGUGUAUCCUUCUCUUGAUGAACAAUUUUGUAACAUUGACUUCAAUGACACUAAUAUAGAAAAAACUGUGAUGUCUCGUGAUGACUUGAAGGCUAUCAACAUCAUGAAACGAUUAAUUUGCUUCGAAGAUGGUCAUUAUCAAGUAGCUAUGCCAUGGAAGACAGAUCCUCAAGUGCUACCCAACAACAAGUCAAUGGCCUUGAAAAGGCUGAAUUCUCUCACGGUUCAACUUGAGAAAGACGACAUUCUAAAGGUGUACACCAAGUACAUGGAAGGCUUAGCCCAGGACGGCUAUGCUAGAAAGGUGUGUUCCGCUGUAGGCCAUGAAUCAAGGUGGUUUCUACCACAUCACCCAGUCAUACAUGCUCAAAAGCCAGAGAAGUCAUAUGCAGCUGAAGUUCAGUCCCUGCGCAAUGGUCAGCAAGUUAAUUCAAAUAGCCCAUUGGUAAAAUUCGACCCAAUUCUAGUAGAAGGUGUUAUGAGAGUUGGUGGCAGACUGAGAAAUUCACAAAUUAAUGAAGAUGCAAAACAUCAGAUAAUCACAACACUCAUUGUUCGCCACUAUCAUAUUUGUACUGGUCAUUCUGGUACAAAUCACACUCUUAGUGAAAUCAGACAAAGGUUUUGGCCCAUUGGUGGGCGUGCAACUGCCAUAGCAACUUCAAGGAACUGUGUUGAUUGCCGGAAAAGACAUGCUCGACCACCCAAUCAGAAGAUGGCCAAUUUGCCAAUAGAUCGAGUUACUCCCGCCUUGCCUCCCUUCACUUGUGUAGGCGCUGAUUGCUUUGGACCCUUCUAUGUCAAAAAUGGAAGGUCCAUGUUGAAGAGAUAUGGUAUAAUAUUCACCUGCCUUACAACUCAAGCUGUGCAUCUCGAGGUAGCUUAUUCACUGGACACAAACUCAUUUUUGAAUUGGUUGCGGCGAUUUAUAACUAGACGUGGUAAGCCACAGCUAAUUAGGUCCGACAAUGGAGGAAAUUUUGUGAAAGGUGAAAAGGAAUUGCGAUUGGCCAUAGAGAACUGGAAUCAAGAACAAAUUCACCAAUACUUGCUACAAAAUCAGGUUGAAUGGAAGUUCAACCCGCCAACAGCAUCACAUCAAGGUGGUGUAUGGGAACGUUGCAUCAGAACUGUGCGCAAGGUGUUAUCAGAUGAUUCGAAAGAUUGUGAAACCCUCACACCAAACCACCUGCUCUUGCUGAGAGCAGGACCGAAACUUCCACCAGGAAUAUUUGUCAAGGAGGACUGUUACGUGAGAAAGCGUUGGCGCCAAGCACAAUAUCUUGCUGAUGUGUUUUGGCAUCGAUGGAUAAAAGAGUAUUUAUCGGCUCUUCAGGAGAGACAAAAAUGGCGCAAAGCAAGAGAUAAUGUCAAGACAGGCAAUGUUGUUUUGGUUCAUGAUCUAUCAGCUCCAAGAUGUUCAUGGCCUCUUGUUCAGGUUGUGGAAGUAUUUAGAACCACCUCAGAUAAUAUGGUUCACUCAGUGAAGUUAAAAACAUCAACUGGGAUGCUAAUCACAAGUUUUCACUCUACCGCGGUAUUUGAUUUUGACUCGUCACUAACACUCAAUUCGUCAUUCAAUUCACGCUAUUCCAUGGUCAAGACACAAACGAUGUUGAAGGAUGAUAAAAAGGGGCGAGACCAGGGUCCAGACAGACUGACAAAUCCCAGUAGGCAGUCAGAUGCAAGAAGGCAGUUAGAUAAUAGUUAUAAGGAGCGGGAACGUGUCCAUAGAAAAAUUAGUGUCCAUAGAAAAAUGGAACUAAGGCAAGCAGAACAACAGUUACAGAGGGUGGAUGAACAAAGGAAAACUAGCGAAGAAAAGGUGAAGCAGUUGACUUUACAGCUGGAACAAGAGGCGCAGAGAAGGACUUUAAUAACUAACGACUACAAGAGUGUAUCACAAGAAGUUGCCAAACUUAGGUUAUCUGAGAAACAGUACAAGAAGGAACAAACUGAAUUGAAAGAGUUACUGAAGAGCCAAGAUGAAAAAGUCGAGAAAAUCAAACAUAAUUUGGCUUUGAAUGAACUUCAGAUGAAGGAGUUACAGGAUCAGUUUGAGGCUGAGCAGUAUUUCUCAACAUUAUAUAAAAAACAAGUUCGCGAACUCAAAGAGGAAGUCGAUGAAAGAGCGAAUCAGAUGCAAGAUGUACAAGAUACUGUGAACAAGCUUCAAAAUGCAAGGGAUUCUCUGAUGGCGCAACUGGAACUGACUCUAACCAAAGCUGAUUCAGAGCAACUCGCGAGAGCCAUUGCUCAAGGACAGUAUGAUGAUCUGGAGAAAGAAAAGACGAUGUUAGAAAUGGAAAUGGAGCAGAUGAGACUGACUCAUAAAUCAGAGAUGAAUGAGAAAAACAGUAUUAUCACUAUGUUGGAGGAAAGAAAGCAUCAUUUGUCGGAUACAAUGGAUAACUUGGUUAGCGAGAAGAAUGAACUGAACAAAAAACUCAAAGAAGCAAUGGAAGACAAUAAUUCUUUGAAAAAUGAAACUGAAACAAUUGAAUUAAUUAAGAAAGAUCAUGAAAAAACGUUACAACAGGAAAAGACUUUGAAAAUUCAGGCAUAUCAAGAAGAGUACCAGAAGAAAAUGCAACUGCAGAUGGAGCUUGAUAGUAAAGACAGUGAAAUAGAACAGAUUUCUUUUAAAUUACAAGCCCUGAAUAGCGACACUGCCAGCAUUAAUAGUGGUAUGGACUUGGACUCUGAAGAAGGCAUCACAGAUUCUUCACGAGUUGAAGGCUGGUUGGCGUUACCAAAUCGUCAGAAUAUUAAACGUUAUGGUUGGAAGAAACAGUACGUGGUUGUUAGUAGUCGCAAAAUUUUAUUUUAUAAUGACGAAGGGGAAAAACAAGCAUCAAAUCCAGAAAUGGUGUUAGACAUUGAUAAACUAUACCAUGUAAGGUCAGUAACCCAGGGUGAUGUCAUACGUGCAGAUGCUAAAGACAUUCCACGUAUCUUUCAAUUAUUGUACGCCGGGGAAGGAGAAAGCAAAAAGGAACGAGACAACGCCCAAGACUUGCCGCCUAUAUUGGUAAGAUCUGCAAUGAUUCAGUUCAAGAACCAUGAAUUUCUAACGGUACAUUUUCACAUGCCAACUGGUUGUGAAUCAUGCAGGAAACCAUUGGGCGGUAUCAUCAAACCCCCCACAGCCUUAGAAUGCAGGAGGUGCCAUAUGAAAGUACAUAAAGAUCAUUAUGACAAGAAAGAAGAGGUCAUACCACCAUGUAAAGUUAACUUUGAUGUGAACACGGCAAAGAAUCUUUUAUUACUGGCAAGUUGUUCUGAAGAUCAGCAACAGUGGGUUCAUCGACUUAGUAAGAAAGUUAUCAAAAAACCAAUGACACCUUGUACUGGAUCACCCAGUAAGUCGUUACCUAGACAACAAAGCAAAGAUAAUAAUCAAUCCAGUUACUUUUCAUUGAGACGUACAAGUAGUUCUAAACUAGCAGCACAACAGCCUUAAUAAUCAAACACAGUCACAGAACAUAAUUUAGGAAUAUGUAUUAUAUGAAGGACAAGUCAAUGGAAGACCAUCGUCAUGGUUAUUGAAGUGGCAGCUAAUUUUUACCAAUUUGAAUUAUGACCACAUCGAUAAACCUCUUUAGGAGGGGCACAUUCUGUAACUUUGAGAUUUUUUUUUUUCUUUUUUGUCAUUUCAAUUUCAUUACUCAAAAUAUUUUGAAACAUACAAAAUCUUUGUAAGCUUUUAGCAGAUCUAUCAUCUAUGCUUUUUUUAGAUUCAGUAUAUAAUGGAUGAAAUAAGAUAUACUGGGUACUGGACCAGAAAAUCUGUGAACUUAGCUGAUAAAAUGUAAUUUAAUAACUGUUUCUUUA